ACUACACCACCCUAAAGAUAAAGUGGUGGUGUGUGAGAGAGUAAAAAGAUUAAAAGGAAGAGAAGAAUGUUGUAGUAGAAGUGAAAAUGCCAAAUAGUUCGGUGUUGCUUUUCGAGUUCUUUAGAAAUUUUUAUAGCCAAACAGCGUCGGUGGAAUAUUAUGAACUAAGAACCAACGGGUACGAUAUAUUGGGUACAAGAACUGCUAAAUCCCAAUGAUAGCAACGGACAUUGACGCGUUUUUUGAUCUCACUUAAUAUAUACAAAUGAAUCAAUCUUGCCAUCAUCUACCGGAAGAACUUCUAAAAAAGGGACAUACAUACAUAUAUACAUACGUACAUGAACGGAUAAGUAAAACCCCAGCGAUCUGUUGCACUUCCUGCAGGAAUCUUGCUUGCAUAGUAUUCGAAAAGCUGUGUAAGUGUUACAUCUGAUUAACAAAAGAAUGAUUGGUCAUACUUCGGUCAAUUAUUAAAGGAACAUUUCACCAACCCAAGUCAUAUAUAUCAAAUAGGUAUGUUAUAAUCAUCACAAAGUGAAUGACAAUAAUUCUAAUCGAGGAAAAGGGAAGUCAAGUCAAUGUUACAUAAGUUUCAGUGAACGAACGUCAUUUAUUUCAUAUUCCGUUAUAUAUAUGUAAAUAUAUUUAUAUAUAAAUCUAUUUAUAAAGAUGCAUACCUACCUUAUUUAAUAAACAAAUCUGAAAUAUAAAAUACAUUAUAUACACACUCACAAACACAUCACAUUUUAUAUAUAUAUUACAUACAUAUAUGACAUUUACAAAAAACAUAUACACAUGCAUAAAUAAUACAUACAAUAAACAAACUAAAUAUGUGGUUUGUUGUUUCGUGCUACCGUAAUUCGGGAGAAGAGCAGACCAAACUUAACAAACAAACGCAGUCAAACCACUGGGUUUUGGUGAGGUGCUGCGAGCAGGUACACGUACUACGCGAUUCUGAAGACAAGCGGCAGUCACGGCAAAAUUUCUCCUCUUCCUCCACUCGCUCUUCGUUCUCCGCCCCAUUCCCCGUCAACUGCCAGAAUUCUUCACCGACCCCACCGCCCAGGCCUCCCCCUCCGUUACCACAAGAUCUCUACGGUUUGCGUUUUCGAUCCACUCCACUUCAUCACGGACACUCCUUCUCAAAUAAUGUUAACAAUGAUAAUCAGGACGUCAACAUUGAUGAGGAUUAUAAUGCAUACAAUGAUAAUGCAUACAAUGAUAAUGCAUACAAAUGUGGCGAUCAUAAUGAUAAUGGUCAAGAUGGUAAUGAUGAUGACAGGUGUCAUUGUGAUCAGACUGGUGAUAAUGAUGUUGAAGAUGAGGAUGGUCAAGAUAAUACCUCAUAUUUUACAUCGGACCAGCAGGAUUGUCAAUCAAAGAAAAAACCAGUAGCUACUGUCGCCCCGACGACAAACCUACCACAACUGAAUGGGGUCGAUCCUGUCCAGCUAGUUAAUACCCGAUGUAAGAAUCAUAACUAUGCAAAGGAUGACAGUUAUACGUUGAACAAGAAACCAGCUCCUCAAUUGCCAGAAUUACAAAUUAAUAGUCGACUGGAAAAAUCUCCCGUUUCUCCUGACGUAACAAGCAACAGUUACAGCACUCAUGAUACCACCGAUAGAAGCAAUUGUCAUUUGGAUCAUUAUGGCAAUCAUUUGCCUUUAACGCCGGCAGAAUCCUUAAGUCUAUACAAAGACAGAUUAACAAGUUAUGAACACUCAGAGAUCUUUGAUUAUCCGGAGGUUUGGUUUCUUGGCCUUGAUGCCAAGAAAAUUGAUGGUUGUCCUGGAAAACCUGGAAAUUGUGGAUACGACGAUGAAAAUGGAUCAUACCUGAAGGUAAUGGGUGACCAUAUUGCCUACAGGUAUGAGAUUAUUGAAGUACUCGGUAAAGGAUCUUUCGGCCAGGUAGUGAAGGCCUACGACUACAAAGAUCAGGAAGAAGUUGCCAUUAAAAUCAUUCGAAAUAAGAAAAGGUCAUUUUAUAAACUGUUUUCCCACGCUCGUAAUGUUGAAGCUCAUUCCUACAGAUCAAAGGUAGAAAAAGAUCUGGUAUAUAACCAGAUGUCUUUCUGCUGGAAAUUCAAAUCCAUGCUACUGCUGAUACUUUUACUACUUCUAAUUAAUAAUAAUAAUGUUGUUUUAAUUGUUAAUUUUUUUUUUUCCAGAAUGAACCUCUACCAGCUUAUCAAGAGAAACAACUUCCAAGGCUUCAGUGUGAGCUUAAUACGAAAGUUUGCUAUUGCCUUACUUCAUUGCUUGAAACUGUUGCACAGGGAAAAGAUCAUCCACUGCGAUUUAAAACCAGAAAAUAUUUUACUUAAACAAAGAGGUCAGAGUUCCAUAAAGGUUAUAGACUUUGGUUCUAGUUGUUAUGAAUACCAGCGAGUUUACACUUAUAUACAAAGUCGUUUCUACCGAUCCCCAGAGGUAAUUUUAGGUAUUCCAUACACGAGCCAAAUUGAUAUCUGGAGUUUUGGUUGUAUUCUUGCUGAGCUCUACACCGGUUAUCCUCUGUUCCCUGGUGAGAAUGAGGUUGAACAGCUGGCCUGUAUAAUGGAGGUAUUCAGUUUACCGGAAGAAAACUUUCUAAAUAAAGCAACGAGGAAAAGAUUAUUUUUUGACUCAAAAGGAAAUCCAAGAUCUACGACAAACAGUAAAGGCAAGAAACGGCGCGUGGGCGGCAAAGAAUUGCAACAAGUUAUUAAAACAGGAGAUUACAAUUUUCUUAACUUCAUCAGAAGCUGUUUACAUUGGGAUCCUGAAGAGAGAAUGACACCGGAUGAAGCAAUGCGGCACGAAUGGAUUCGAGAUUCAGUAAAUGUAAACAAAGUACGAAAUAAUAAAACGAAUACAAAAAUCAAACACGAGAAAGAAAGAAGAAGAAAUAUACCAUCAAAAGGAAUAACUACUGGUUUCGUUAUGCAAAAGGGUAAAAGUCUCAUUAAACUCACAGAAACCCAUUCCAAUGAGACUGAGACAAGAACGGAUAUUGAACCUGCUCAAAGUUUUCUACCUCCUAUAAGUAAAAAAUCAUGACUAAAACGGCAAAAAAAAUUAUUGUAAUAAAAAAAAACAAAAUAUU